CCUGCCUGGGGCCAGCCACCCUGGGCCUCAGUCUGCCCUGGGGGACUGCCAUGAAUGCCACGGGGUCCCCAGUGGAGACCCCUGAGGCCUGCCAGCAGCUGGCAGCCCAUGGGCAUAGCCAGCUCAUUGUCCUGCACUACAACCACUCGGGCCGGCUGGUGGGGCGGGCUGAGCCCGAGAACGGGAGCCUGGGGUUCCUGCAGGGACUUUUUGUGGCUAUGAGCUGCCUGGUGGUGCUGGAGAACCUUCUGGUGCUGAUGGCCAUCGUGACCCGCAUGCGGUCCCGGCGUUGGGUCUACUACUGCCUGGUCAACAUCACUCUGAGUGACCUGCUCACUGGCUUGGCCUACCUGGUCAACAUCCUGCUGUCCGGGGCUCGCACCUUCCACCUGGCACCAGCCUCCUGGUUCCUGCGGGAGGGCACACUCUUCAUGGCCCUGGCUGCAUCCACCUUCAGCCUGCUUUUCACUGCUGGUGAGCGCUUUGCUACCAUGGUGCGGCCGGUGGCCGAGAGCGGGGACACCAAGAAGGGCCGCGUCCUGGGCUUCAUUGGGCUGUGCUGGCUGCUGGCCACCCUGCUGGGCCUGCUGCCCCUGCUCGGCUGGAACUGCGUGUGCUCCUUCGAGAACUGUUCUAGCCUGCUUCCACUCUACUCCAAGGCCUACAUCCUUUUUUGUGUGGUCAUCUUUGCCUGUAUCCUGGCCACCAUCAUGGUGCUCUAUGGGGCCAUCUUCAGGGUGGUGCGGGCCAAUGGGCAGAAGGCCUCGCGCCCCCCAUUCCGUCGCAAGGCCCGCCGGCUGCUCAACACAGUGCUCAUGAUCCUGGUGGCGUUCAUGAUCUGCUGGGGUCCACUCUUCGGUCUGCUACUGGCCGACAUCUUUGGCUCCAACAUCUGGGCGCAGGAGUACCUGAGGGGCAUGGACUGGAUCCUGGCUCUGGCUGUGCUGAACUCGGCUGUCAACCCGCUGAUCUACUCCUUCCGCAGCAGGGAAGUGUGCCGGGCCGUGCUAGGCUUCCUCUGCUGCGGGUGCCUCAGGCUGGGCCUGCGAGGGCCUGGGGACUGCCUGGUCCGGGCUGCUGAGGCCCACUCGGGAGCUUCCACUACUGACAGCUCGCUGCGGCCCAGGGACAGCUUUCGGGGCUCCCGGUCGCUCAGCUUUCGGAUGCGGGAGCCCCUGACUAGCAUCUCCAGUGUAAGGAGCCUCUGAGCUACAGCAGGGGAAGAUGGACCACCCUCCAGGUGCAUACCCAUGCAGGCCCACCUCCCGGCCUGGACAAGGCCCAGGAGGGGUGGGCCGGGGGCCUGGGAGAUGUAGGGAGGCAACAGGCAGACCCAGAUGGAGAGGAUGGUGUCCCAAGGCCCUUUGGUCCUCCCUGCAGCCUUCAGGUUUGCUGAUGCCAAGCGGGUGUUUCAUGGUCUCCUCGGAGAAGGAGGCAACCGCUCAUUGAAACAGCGCCCUGGAAUGAGGACAAAUGGGGUUACUAUGUAUGCCCCAGUUCCUGUGUGAUUUUGGGGAAAUCCUGGUUUCUCUCUGGGCCUCAAUGGGGCUCCCAGACGACGAGGGGCAGACUGUGGGAUCGAUGCCCUGGCAACAUGGAAGUUCACUGAUGGGCACUCCUGACUCCUCAGGCCUAGGGCCUCCCUGGAGAGGCCUGGGAACUGGCUGGAAGCAGAGGAAGAAGAAGAAUGGCUAGGAAGGGUUGGCUGGUGUGUUGGAGCUUUCGCUAUUCAUCCAUUCAUUUGCUCACUUAUUCGUUCACUUAACCACUGUGUAUUAGGCUCUGUUUUGGGCACUGAGGUUCUAGAUAUAAACAAUCUGGUUUCUCUCCUCAUAAAGGUCCCACUGUGGCUGGGGUGACAAACACUGAGCUAAUAAAUGCCCAACGACAUUUCUGUAAGAAGCUAGCCAUGCAAAAAAGUCGGGGAGAGUGUUCUGCAGGCAGAGCACAUGCAACAGUCCUGGGGCUACACGAAUAGGUGCAUUCUCUUAACAGCAACACUUAUUGAGAGCUUCAUGUAUGCUUUCCUCUUUCUGAGUCAGUACAUGUGGAUUAUCUGAUUAAAUUAUUACAAACCCCUGGAUGGAGUGGGAGAGUGUUUGAUUAUUUAUUAUAUUUGGCAGCUGAGGAAACUGAGGCUCAGAGAGAUGGUGACUUGCCCAAGGUUACACAGCUGGGAAGUGGAGGAGCUGGGACUUGAACCCAUUGCUGUUACUCAGCACAAAAGCCACCAUAUUGGAGCCUGGGAUGCCACCUCGUUGUGGGCCAGGGCUAUUGUAUUCUUCACCCUGUGACCUCAGUCUUUCCAUCUGUACAAAGGGGUGAGUUACUCAUGUUCCUCAAGAUCCCUGGCCCCAAGACAGAGGGUUCUUAGGAUGGAUGGCCAGAUUAGAAAAUACAAGUUUGGGAUCCCAGUAAAAUUUCAAUUUCUGAUGAAUAACAAAUAAUUUUUACUAUGAGUAUGACCCCAAAAUGAAUAAGCAUAAGUAUGCACCAAUCCCUGCACGAAUUUCAGGCUCCAGACUACAAGCCCCAUAAUCCAUUUUGUCACCCCUUUAGGAACCUUCCAUAAUUUCUUUAUUUAUUCAUCCCAAAAUUAUGUAGCCCACCCACUGUGUUUCAGGCCUUGUGUUAGGUUCCGGGGAUACAGCAAUGCACAAAGCAGAUCAAAGUCUUUGCCCUCAUGGAGUUUAGCAUCCACAUUCCUUGGAAGUUUUAGGUGAUUUUUCUCAUUUUUGCCAGGAAGACU